AUGCCGAGACAGCUCCUUUUGCAUAUAUUCAACAAUGCUAUAGAUGCUAUGUCUUAUGUUCCAUUCAUAAAGUAUAUUUUCAAAAUGCGGGUUUUGGACUUUUCAGCUCUGGGAUUCAAGAGCAGAACAAAGAAAACGAUCAUAUAUGAGGCGAAGAUGACUAGAUUCUCAUCGAACUCGACAAAACAACUUUCAAAUGCAAUUGUGAUAAAAAAACAUGAUAGUAGCCUUGACCGUGGAGAUGAUUUUUCAAGUUUUGCUUAUUUAUUGUGGAUCAUUUGGCAUGAACGGAACCGAAUCAAACACGGAUUGCAAGGCAAAACGGUAGAGCAAGCAUGGACAAUAGGGAUCGCAUGGCAAGAGGAAGCUAAUAAAGUGCGUUCGGGCCGACUCUCUCUAGAAUGUGGGUUGGUGGGUUAUCGAUAG